AUACACAUCAAAUACAAAUAAAUAGGGACAUGAGAUCUCAGGUAAUAGUGUUAAAUGUAUUUUCUUUGCAGAGUAGGGUGUAGAGACCAGAGAGAAAAGGAUUGACAUCUGUGGUUCAGUCCAUUGCUAACUCCACUGUGCUGUCUUCUUUCCACAUCGUCUAUCACCCACCUACUUCUCCCUAGUGUGUGUCCAUCCCAUCAGUUCUUGGGCACCCUUUCCCACAUACACAUACACUCACAGAUUAGUGCACACCUGUGAGUGUAUCACAAUUCCCAUAUGUGUACUUCUCAAGGAAGAGAUGAGUUGAGCAGGUUCUGGAGUUUGGACCAGGCUGGGUAAGCAUCUGGCUGAUGCUUUGCUGGACAGCUGCAUUGCUGAGUGAGUGAACCUACAUACAGAUGGAAAGUCUGUGUCCAAGGAAAGAGACUGACUGAGGGGCAGUAAGCUGGAGAAAGUGAGGCUCCUAAUGGUGGGGUGGGCAUUCAGAGAGUGACAGGGGAGCAUUGCAAAGCCAGGUAGAGCACAUUGACUGGCACCCGGAAAGCUUUUAAAUGCAGUACUGCCCUCUACUGAAUGCUUUCUACCUCCUUGCUAGGGCUUUGCUUCUUUCUCUAGAAAUGAGCUUCAGUUUGGUUUUUACCAGCCUCCAAAGUCCUCUUUGGAGAUGCCAAUUGGCACAAGAAAGUGCUGAACUGUUUACACUCCCUGACUAAGGUUCACGGAGGGGGAUGUGGUUAAACUGGGCCACAAAGCCCAGUACAGGACUCAUUUGCAUGGCCCCUGACGCCAUGUGACGCAGCCGGCUCCUCCUAUAUAAAGAAGUAGGAGCCGAAAUUAUCUCUGAGUCUGGGUUGGACUGGCGGCUGUGGAGUUUGUGACACACUUGGUGACACCCCUUGAGCCACUUCCCUUCAACUUCAGCUUGGAAGUGCCUGACUUGCUCAGGUUCUGCACUGCAGCCUUCCUCCUACUCCUAGCUCCAGGGCCGGACUGCGGCUCCAGAGCCUAUCCCAUAGCAGCGCGCCAGCCGCCACCCAAACCAGCCUCAGCUCCCCGGCAACUUGAAUCAUGAACACCGAAAUGUAUCAGACCCCCAUGGAGGUGGCGGUCUAUCAGCUGCACAAUUUCUCCAUCUCCUUCUUCUCUUCUCUGCUUGGAGGGGAUGUGGUUUCCGUUAAACUGGAUAACAGUGCCUCCGGAGCCAGCGUGGUGGCCCUAGACAACAAGAUUGAGCAGGCCAUGGAUCUAGUGAAGAAUCAUCUGAUGUAUGCUGUGAGAGAGGAGGUGGAGAUCCUAAAGGAGCAGAUCCGUGAGCUGGUGGAGAAGAACUCCCAGCUGGAGCGUGAGAACACCCUCCUGAAGACCCUGGCAAGCCCGGAGCAGCUGGAAAAGUUCCAGUCCCGGCUGAGCCCUGAAGAGCCAGCACCUGAAGCCCCAGAAACCGCAGAAGCCCCUGGUGAUUCUGCGGUGUAAGUGGCUCUGUCCUCAGGGUGGGCAGAGCCACAACUUGUUCUACCUAGUUCUUUCCAGUUUGUUUUUUGGCUCCCCAAGCGUCAUCUCAUGUGGAGAACUUUUCACCUAACAUAGCUGGUGCCAAGGGAUGUCCCAAGGACAUGGCCAUCUGGGUCCACUUCAGUGACAGACCCCUGACAAAGAGCAGGUCUCUGGAGACUGAGUUGCAUGGGGCCUAGUAACCCCAAGCCAGUGAGCCUCUCGUGCUACCGGGCCCUGGGGCUUCCAGGGCCUGGGCAACUUAGUUACAGCUGGCAAAGGCGAAAGUAGUUUGAGAUGUAAUGCCAGUGUGCUCCAGAAAGUAUAAGGGGUCUGUUUCUCAUUUCCAUGGACAUCUUCCACAGCUUCAUCUGACAACGACUGUUCCUAUGAAGAAGCCACUUGUGUUUUAAGCAGAGGCAACCUCUCUCUUCUCCUCUGUCUUGCCCAGGCAGGGGCAGAGAUGGGAGAGAUUGAGCCAAGUCAGCCUUCUGUUGGUUAAUAUAGUAUAAUGCAUGGCUUUGUGCACAGCCCAGUGUGGGAUUACAGCUUUGGGAUGACCGCUUACAAAGUUCUGUUUGGUUAGUAUUGGCAUAGUUUUUCUAUAUAGCCAUAAAUGCAUAUAUAUAUAUAUAUAUACCCAUAGGGCUAGAUAUAUCUUAGUGUAGUGAUGUAUACAUAUACACAUACACCUACAUGUUGAAGGGCCUAAUCAGCUUUGGGAGUACUGACUGGUCCCUUAUCUCUUAAAGCUAAAUUUUUGACUGUGCUAAUUUACCAAAUUGAUCCACUGUGUCCUUUAGAUUAACUAAGUCUCAAGAUAUAAAGAAGGGAGAGGGGGACCAGCCUCACAAUGCAGCCACAGAUGCCUUGCUGCUGCAACCCUCCCAUCUGUCCACUGAAGACACGUGAAGUCCUCUUUUGAAUGCCAAACCCACCAUUCAUUGGUGCUGACUACAUAGAAUGGGGUUGAGAGAAGAUCAGUUUGGACUUCACAUUUUUGUUUGAGAAGGUUUUUUUUUUAAUUGUUUUUGUUUUUGUUGUUGGUGUU